AAACAUAGGGAGCACUUAUAUCUGAUAAUGGAUAAGCGACACAAAGAACUACUUAGAAAACACAGGCUAUGGCUGUCCGAGCAACUUCUAGUGUCCGAAACUAUCGUGCAGUUUUUAUAUCAAGAAGACAUUUUAACCCAGGUUCAAGUGGAGGAAAUCGAGUGUCAGUCUAGCAGCAAGCAGAGAGUGUUGAAGCUGCUGGACAUUCUGCCUGUACGUGGGCCCCGGGCCUUCCAAGUAUUUCUUCAGUCUCUGGACGAGUUCAGCUGGGUCAGAGACACACUACAGAGGGACUUAGACUGCCAGCCCGGGCCAGGACUUGGGUCUGCAGAUGAUGUUUGUAUCAGUGAGCACACCCUCCAGAGAGUACCCACGGACCGUCAGCUGUCCCGUAUCGCGGAUCUCCUCGGGGGGCAGUGGGAGGCUGUGCUGUUGGACCUGGAGCUCACCACAGAGGACCUGUACCGUUGCCGUGCUGACCACCAGCUGGAUAUGCAUGGGGCAGUUCUAGAGGGGCUGGUGCAGUGGAAGAGGGCACAAGGGAAGAAGGCAACAGUCCAGAGAUUGAUCAAGAGUUUAGAGGCAGCAGAUAUCCACACAUCUAUGCUCCUGGAUGCCCUUCACUGAGAAUUUUCUCUUUCAAUUCUCUUGGGAACAGGUUGGGCCACAUAACUUCUGUUUGAAUGUGUUGCCACUAGGAACCAGUUUAUGUAACAGUUGUGUCCUUGAGGAAGGCACUUUACCCACCUUGACUCCAGACUCUUUACACUGGUGUAUGAAUGAGCAUGAUUUACAGAAUGUAUAUCAUGUAUGUUCUUUAACAUGCACUAUCUCGACAAAAUAAACAAUAAUCUUAGUGUAACUUUUCUGGACCUGUCAUCUGCUUGUCUCCUUUUUUUAUUGCUUUGCCCGAAAUGUUCCACAAUAUGGCAUUAAACCUAUCCAUGGAGACAAGCAGAUGGUGCUACCAGGCCAAAUUAUGGGUCAGAUCUGUGGUGAGGCAACCCUGCCCGUAGAAGAAUGCAUGUUUUUCAAGAUAUAUAUGUAUAUUGUUUUAGGAAUACUGUAAUUUAAUAAAUACAAGCUAGAUCAUUUUAAUGCAAUACCAUGGAACAUUCCAACCAAAGCAAUCUCCAC